UGCCAACAUGGGAGGGACCGGACCGUCAAAUGGACAGCUCAAACCCGCCCACUCCACUCCACUCCACACCGGCAGCAGUAGCAGCAGCAGCGGUUGUGGAAGAACAUGGUUUGACACGGGGUUUGUCGAGGGAGGAAAAAAACCUGCACAGCAGUGACACAACUGGUGAGAGGAGGAGGGGGCUGAAGGUGAGAGUUGCGGAACAAAGAGUAAACAGAGAGGAGAGGGGAACGGAACGGAACGGAACAGAAGGGCUCGCUGGUUCCGCUGUCAUCUCCCGGGCCAGCUGCAGACAGACAGACAGACGGACAGUCGACCGACCGACGCAGAGCGCGCAGGAGCCUGGAGACACCGCUGGAGCUGGAACACCUCUCUAUGCAAGGACAUCGCAGCUCCUUCUCUUUGAAAUACAGUGGAUUGUUUGGUUUGGCUGUGCAGUGAUGGAUUCACCCCCAGAUCUUUUCAGUGACUCUGCUCCAAAGAUCCAUGCGUUUGCUUCCACUCUGAGCUCUUCAGAUCUCUCUGUAGUUCAUCCCGAGCCCAGUGCAGGUCGCCCUCCUCCUGCCUUCAGGCCUCCGGUCUUUCCCCUCAUUCAUCACCUCCACCAGCCGGGUGGAGCUUCCAGGAGAAUCGGAGGACAACUCGGCACAAGCCCGAGCACACACAGGCACCUGGAGGAGAGGAAUCUGGAGGAAGGUGGAGGAGAAAAGGACGGACAAGUGGAGCAAGGGAGUGAUGGCGGAGAGGAGGGAGCCCUGGAGGGAGAGGAGGGCUUUUUGGAGGUGAAGAAGAGGCACAGUGCCCUCACUGCAGAGUGGAGUCAAGACAUCCUGAAAGUGAAGAGGAUGAAACUGGAGAGCAGGCAGAGAGAUGGGGAGGCUGAUGAGGGAGGGGUGAGGCGCGAGAUAGGGAGGGAGGGGAGAAGGCGGGAGAGGGAAGAGCUGAAAGAGCAGCUGGAGGAGGCAAGAGAGAGACUGCAGGUCCUGCAGGAGAAAGUCUGGAGGGCUUUUGGGGAAAAGCACCUUGCAGAGGAGGAGGAGAAGAAAAGGAGGCACAGAGGUGGAAACAGAGGAGCAGCAGAGGGGGGAGACGGAGACAUGGGGAUGAUGGAAGAGGCAGACAUUACUGAAGGGAUGUACGAUGAUGAUGACAUUGAUGACGGAGAAAUUGAAAAGGAAUCCUUUUCCUUUCUCUCUGUUUCCCCUUUUGAUAACUUCCACAAACAGAGAGAAGAGAGGCAGAAAGAGAGAGAGGAGAGGAUGGAGAGAGGAAGAGGAGGAGGACUCCACGUGGAGGGCCUAAUGGAGGGGGCGGGGUUGUGGCUGGAUUGUGGAGGACUGGUCAGAGGUGACUGGGAUGGAGGGAUUCAAGAGGAGGGUGAGGAGGGAGGGCAGAAAUUUGCCCAGGCUCUGAAGCUGGAGCUGGGCAGUGCCGUGGCACGAGUCAUCGACCGAGUUCUCCGCCUCUACACCGAGACGGAAGAUCUGGCUCCGUCUUCUCCUCCUGCCGCCAUCUCUUUCCACCCAUCUGAUGUAGGAAAUGAUGGCGGGAGGGAGAAGGGAGAGUGGACUGGACUCCUGGCCAGUGGACGAGGGAAGGAGAAGACGAGGGGUAAGGAGGAGAAGAUGGGAGGGCAGGACAGAGAAAGAGAGAAGCAGCUCCGAAAGAUGAGGAACGGCAACAUGGUGGCACCAGGGCAGUCACAUCGCGCCGAUGCAUCAGAUCUGGCGAAUCCACUCGCUGCUCAGAGGUCACCUGACCCCCGGAAGGCUCACGCACUCCUCGGCCCGCCUCUCUCUUCUCACAUGAAUCCCUCUCACCCCAACCUCUCCAUGCAUCACGCUUCUCUGCCCCGCCCUCCUCCCCCUCUCUCCCACCCUUCCCUCUUACCCCCGGCGUCGCAACCCAAAGACCCAUCCUCCUCCUCCAGCUCCCACCCCUCCUCGUCCUCCUCCUCUGCCUCCUCCUCAUCCUUCCCCGUGCCUCCACCUCCUCCACCCCCUCUCCCUCUCCCACUGCUGCACUACUCCAUGCAGCAGCUCUUCUCCCGCGCACUGCACCACCCGCAGCUCCCGCACCUGCCACCACCCCGCAAGGACUUCCUGAGCUCUGACCCCUUCCUGGAGUUCUCGUCUCACCCGUCUUCUCACCCCUCCUUCCCGCCGCUCCCGCUGCUCGGUCACCUGGACCCCUCCCUCGCCCGUCACGCCCUCGGGGGCCGGGAGAGAGGGGUGAGAGGAGAUGGGGGCAUGAGAGGAGGCGGAGGGAUGGACGGAGGAGAGCUCUACCUGACGGCUGGGGGAAUAUCCUUUUCGAGAGAUGAGGGCUUGUCUCCGUGCCACCUGAAGAAAGCUAAGCUCAUGUUCUUCUACGCACGUUACCCCAGCUCCAACACGCUCAAGACCUUUUUCCCUGAUGUCAAGUUUAACCGCUGUGUGACCUCCCAGAUGAUUAAAUGGUUCAGCAACUUCAGAGAGUUCUUCUACAUCCAGAUGGAGCGCUUUGCACGGCAGGCUGUCCGCGAGGCUCUCACCCGAGAUGGUGCUCCUCGUCUGGGCAGAGAGAGUCAGCUGAGAGUGGGCCGCGACACAGAGCUGUACCGCAUACUUAACAUGCACUACAAUAAAAGUAACAUCUACCAGGUGCCAGACAGGUUUAUUGAAGUGUCAGAAGUUGCCCUGAGGGAAUUUUAUGCAGCCAUUUGGACCGGGAGAGACAGCGACCCCUGCUGGAAGAAAGGGAUCUACAAAAUCAUUUGUAAACUGGACAGUCCUGUACCAGAUGCCUUCAGACUGCCUGGUUGUCCUGUUGGCUGAUGAGUGAACAGCUUGGUUACACA